ACCGUUCUAUGCCAAACCUUCACGUACAGUAAGGGAUGGACCAACGGGAAGAGAUCCGAGUUCCCGAGCUCGUUGGGUGUCUCCAAUCCAGGGGACGAACACUUCACCAACGGCGAACUGAGAAGGCUAAGGAUGCUGGUGUACGGGAACGUCGAUGAACAAGUAAGCUUUAAAACGGUGCCACCUAAGAUUUGUAAGUCGGAGCGUGGACCUGAAGUGCAUCGGCGUUUACGCCGAUUGCCCUCUCUUUUUUCUACGUCCAUUAGGAAAAAGGAAGGCAAUAAAACGUCGAUACACAUCAAGCCCGGAAUUACAAAUCUUAAACAGCUACACUGCUUUAAAACGAUAAUGGAAAAGCAAUGUACGCAGUAACAUUUUUACUAACAAAAGUUAGUUUUAACUUUGAUAUUAAUUGCAGAGAAUUGUUGUUGCAAGGCAAACAAUUGUCAUUUAAACAAAUC